AUGAUGCAAUUACGAGACAUGGCGCCUUCCUCGGCGCUGCUGACCUCGCUGCUGGCCAUCCCGCAGCUGGUGUCGGCUUUUUACCUCCCUGGUGUUGCGCCGACAUCGUACAAGAAAGGAGACCUUGUUCCCCUCUACGUCAACAGCAUCAAGCCGGUCGCCGCUCCAUCCGACUCCCGAUUACAUUCGAUCGAUUCCUACGAUUAUUACCACCCCGGCUUCAAGUUCUGCGAGCCUCAGCCCCGUCCCGAAUAUGUGUCGGAGAGCUUGGGCAGCAUCCUGUUCGGAGACCGCAUCAUGACAUCUCCGUUCGAACUGAGGAUGAAGAAUGAUGAGAAGUGCAAGCCGCUUUGCACCCAGAAAUAUCCCCCGGCCGCUGUCGGAUUCGUAAAGCGUCGCAUCGAGCAAGGCUACAGCUUGAACUGGCUCGUGGACGGCUUGCCCGCCGGACAGCAAAUUUACGAUGACUUCACGAAUACGACCUUCUACAACCCCGGAUUCCUCAUGGGCGGCGAGGACGAGAACGGCAACGUCAUCUUCAACAACCACUACGACAUCAACAUCGAGUACCACCCGGUUAACGGUGACGAGUCGCAGUUGCGCGUUGUCGGUGUUGUGGUCGAGCCGAGCUCACGCGCCUACCCAGGCUUGAUUGACUGCAACAACCCGAUGGCUCCCAUCGUUUUCGAGGAGGAUGGUACCGAGAAGGAAGUCAAGUUCUCGUACUCCGUAUUCUGGGUUGAGUCCAAGACGGCCUGGGCCACGCGUUGGGACAAGUACCUGCACGUAUUUGACCCCAAGAUCCACUGGUUCUGGCUCAUCGACACCGCCAUCAUUGUCGUCAUUCUGAUCCUCACCGUCAUGUCCAUCCUGGUCAAGACCUUGAAGAAGGAUAUCGCCAGGUACAACCGCCUGGACCAAAUCAACUUGGAUGAUCUCUCGGGAACCUCCGCUCUGGAAGACGGCGUUCAGGAGGAUUCUGGAUGGAAGUUGGUCCACGGUGACGUUUUCCGCAACCCGUCGAACCCGCUCCUCUUGUCGGUUCUCCUCGGAAACGGCGUUCAGCUUUUCGUUAUGACCGGCUUCACAAUCUGCUUUGCUCUUCUUGGUUUCUUGUCGCCCUCCAACCGCGGAUCGCUCGGAACAAUCAUCCUCCUCCUCUACACUCUGUUGGGCUUCGUGGGCGGUUACGUCUCUGCGAGAUCGUACAAGUCGCUUCAGGGCGAGAAGUGGAAGAUGAACAUUGCGCUGACCCCGACCUUGGUGCCGAGUAUUGUUUUUGGGGCCUUCUUCUUGCUGGAUCUCGUGCUCUGGGCGAAGCAGUCUUCCGGCGCUGUGCCCUUCACCACCAUGCUGGUGAUCAUUGCCAUUUGGUUCAUCCUCUCGGUGCCACUAUCGUUCGCCGGAUCUUGGAUGGGUUUCCGUGCCUCCGUCGUCGAGCCGCCCGUCAAGACGAACCAGAUCCCCCGCCAGAUCCCGCCCUCCACGACGUACCUCAGGCCGAUCCCCAGCAUGCUCAUCGUCGGCCUCCUGCCUUUUGGCGCCAUCUUCGUUGAGCUCUACUUCAUCAUGAGCUCCGUCUGGUUCAGCCGUAUCUACUAUAUGUUCGGUUUCCUCUUCCUCUCGUACGGCCUCAUGAUCGUCACCACGGCCGCAGUGACCAUCCUGCUGGUGUACUUUCUCCUGUGCUCUGAAAACUACAACUGGCAAUGGCGCUCAUUCCUCGCCGCAGGCAUGAGCGGCGGCUACAUCUUCCUCAACUGCCUCUUGUACCUCUUCACCAAGCUGAGCCUGAGCAACCUGUCUGGCACUGUGCUUUACGUCGGUUACAGCGCGCUCAUUUCCUUCUUAUUUUUCAUUCUCACGGGAUCGAUUGGCUACUUCGCCAGUUGGUGGUUCGUCAGGAAGAUCUACGCCUCGAUUAAGAUUGAUUAA